CUUCUCGUGCCUCUUCUCGCCGCCUGCCGGACUCGCCGCUGCCGCUCCUCCCGGUGUGCGCCUUUGGGGACUAGCAUCGCCGCGGGCCGGGCCACAUGGGCGUGCGAGUGGAGACCAUCUCCCCCGGGGACGGGAGGACCUUCCCUAAACGCGGCCAGACCUGCGUGGUGCACUACACGGGUAUGCUGGAGGAUGGAAAGAAGUUCGACUCGUCCCGUGACAGGAACAAGCCAUUCAAGUUUGUGAUGGGCAAACAGGAGGUCAUCCGUGGCUGGGAAGAAGGGGUUGCCCAGAUGAGCGUUGGGCAGCGAGCCAAGAUGAUAAUCUCGCCAGACUACGCCUACGGCCCCACCGGACACCCGGGUAUCAUCCCACCCAAUGCCACCCUAAUUUUUGACGUGGAGCUUAUAAAAAUGGAAUGACAAGAGGCGUGUGUUCUUCCAUUUCCCUGCUCCGGGGUUUGGCACAUGGAGAAAUCCAGAAAUCUCUGCUUCAAGAUGAAUGCACAUGAAUUUGUAUGGAGCUUUCCCAGCUGUCCACUACAUCCACCCUGAUUUGAAUGUUUUUGGGUCACUCGGCUCUGCUUCUGAUUCUCCUUCCUUGUUUCCUUCCAAUAUUUGACAUUUUUAAGCGACAUGCUGUAAAACCUCAGCUUAUCUGUUCACUUGUUUUGGGGUUGUUUUUUUUGUUGUUUUGUUUUUUUUGGUCAGGUUCUUUAAUCUUAUUAUAUAUAUUUUUUGGUGUAGACUUGAGUUGUGUAUGAUCGAGCAUUGCUAGUAAAUAUACUGGUUGGUUCACGUUA